AUGGGAGGCUCAGACGCAAAGACCGAUCUUACUUUUGAUGAGGUGAUGGGCUGUAUGUCCGCCUGCUUUGAGUGGGCCGACAGCUACGACUCCAAGGACUGGGAGCGCCUACGAAAAUGCAUCGCACCAACCCUUCGUGUCGACUACCGCUCCUUCCUCGACAAGAUGUGGGAAGCCAUGCCCUCCGACGAAUUCAUAAUCAUGGCCUCCAACCCAGCCGUGCUCGGCAACCCUCUCCUCAAAACGCAACACUUCAUCGGCGGCACGCGCUGGGAAAAGGUCUCCGACGACGAGAUCAUCGGCUGGCACCAGCUGCGCGUCCCGCACCAGAAGUACACGGACGCGAGCAAGAAGCAGGUCGCCGUCAAGGGCCACGCGCACAGCACCAACCAGCACUGGUACCGCAAGGUCGACGGGGUAUGGAAGUUUGCCGGUCUCAGCCCCGAUAUCAGGUGGAGCGAGUACGACUUCGACAAGGUCUUCGAGGAGGGCAGGGAGACGUUCGGGGACGACGAGGAGGUGGUGCCUGCUGUGAUGGAGGGCAUGUCUGUUAUGGCGUUGCCCACGGAGAAGGUGUCUGUUGCGGAGGGGACGCCGAAGGUUGGGACGACGGUUCUCGAGACGACUGUUGUGCACUCUAUCUAA